CAGUGUUACCCCCAGUCACGUGAAAGCGUGGUUCCGGUCCCUGACAGCAGCUACAGUCCGGUGUAGAGGAUGAGCUCAGGAAAUGGGACCAGGAGGAAAUCCAGGAAGCUGCAGCAUUUCAACAACAUGGUGGCAUUUGACCCUGAAACACAGACUCAGAUUCAAGGUCUCUUUAGUAAAGUCAGAACCUAUGUGAAACCAUCCAAUGGGGAGUGGCGCAUCCCCGACCCAAACGUUGCUCUCAGAGACUCUGCGGAGGAGAACCGCCGCCUGCAGGACCUGAAAGUGUCGCUGAAUGACGUAAAGAACCAGCUCAGCGACAAGAACGUCCAGGUCUGGCAUCAGCACACCAACUCCACCAAUCGAGCCGGGAAGGUGAUCAAUGCCGUACGUUCUGCUGCCAACGCGGAGAUCUGCACUCAGGCCUGGUGCAAGUUCUUUGAGAUCCUGGGAACCUUCAGUCUUCUUCCACUGGAGGCUCUUCAGAAUGGAGAGCUGAACACGGUCCACCUGUGUGAAGCUCCAGGGGCCUUUAUAACCGCUUUGAACCACUACAUGAAAACCAGCGAGUCCACACGCUACUGUGACUGGACCUGGGCCGCCAACACUCUCAACCCGUACCAUGAGGCUAACGGAGGGAGCACCACGAUCGCAGAUGAUCGGUUAAUUGCGAACACGCUGCCCUGGUGGUUCUUUGGCUCAGAUAACACAGGCAACGUCAUGAUCCAGAAGCAUUUGCUGGAGCUGCAGGCGUUUGUGGCUAACAUGCGUAGAGUUGAUCUGGUGACGGCAGAUGGCAGUUUUGACUGUCAGGAGAAUCCGGACGAGCAGGAGGCGCUGGUGGCGUCCCUGCAUUACUGCGAGGUCACAGCUGCGCUGCUGCUCCUGAGCCCCGGUGGCUCCUUUGUGCUGAAAAUGUUCACGCUGUAUGAACACUCCUCCAUCUGCUUACUCUACCUGCUGAACUGCUGCUUCCACUCCGUCAACGUCUUUAAACCUGCCACCAGCAAGGCCGGCAACUCUGAGGUCUAUGUCGUGUGUCUGAACUAUGACGGCAAGGAAGCUGUGAGGCCUCUGCUCUCAAAACUGAUCCGUAACUACGGACCACAUCUGGCUGACCGAGAGGCCCUUUUCCCAAACUCGCUUGUCCCGGAGUCCUUUCAGAAACAGCAUGAAGAGGUGUGCUCGUACUUCCACACGCUGCAGGUGGAGACGAUCAAAGAAAACCUGCGACUGUUUGAAGGAAUGAGCACAGAGCAGAGGCAGCGUCUCGACUACCUCAGGGACUGCGCGGCUCAGGAAUACCUGCAGCGCUUCCAGGUGAGUUUCCUUCCCCGGAGUCGAUGGAUCUCUCGUAACACGGUGAGUCCCGCCUGCUGCAGCGUCUCAGCGGGCCGACCUCUCGGACAGAAGAAGCAAACAGGCUCCUUCAAUGAGCGGAGGGAAUUGCAGACCCUGAGCUGGAGGGAGCGUAUCAACAGGGGUUGCUAUGCCACCUGGAUACAGAGACACUGCACUGAGACCAGCGGGACUGGCUGCAUAUUGGAAGGUACCCUGUCCGGGUGUCAAGUGGAUUCAUGGUAUGUUAUCGAAGGGGCCGCACUGCCUGCAGUCAGAAACUCUCCGUUCUGUGAUGGAGGAUUGUUAAACCACUUGAAUGAAGCCCUGACAGACACAGCGGUAGAGUGGACUCACACACCUCCCUGCGAGUCUUGCCACGCAGUUUGCACGGCCUCCAUCUUGUCCGAUGUUGCAGGUUUUUGCCAGUUCGCCACCGACGGCGAUGGGAACAAAACGAAGAGGCAGUGUCUGGUGUUUGGCAGCAGCUCAGUGUGGGGUGCCUGUGAAAGCCAUCUUGGGGAUUUAGUCAUAACAUUUUCUGCAGAGCCUUCAUUUCCUCAAAGAGGCUCCAUCACACUGCACGACGGUGAGCCGCUGUACCAGCAGCAGCUCUUAGGUUGUGUUGUCUUGUCCCUGCAGACCCUGAACUCUGGGGAUGCCCUGCUGCUGCCUGUGUUUUCUGCCCUCACCCGUGUCACAGCAGCUGUUGUGCUCUGCCUGCGUGUGUGUUUUCACUCAGUCACGUUCAGGUGUCCACCCCCCUCAGGCGUAGUCGGUACAGUGCUCGUGUGCGUUGGCUUCUGUCCUGAAGCUGCCGCACGAAUACUCCCUGUUCUUACUCAAGUCCAUAACUGCAUGGGUCACUUAAGAGAAGAGGAGGACUCGGGUAAACAUCUGCCACCUCAGAGUGACAGACAGGUGCUGCAGUUUGUUCCUAUGGAGGAAAUGCUCACUGGAGGACUGACUGAGUUCCUGUGGACCAUGAACUCUGAAAUCAUCCAACAGAAGCUGCACUUGCUCAUGCAAUCAUAGUGCAGUUUAGUGAGCUGUGACUCUGGGGUACACACUAUGGCUUCAGAGGCUGCAUCAUUAUGUUAUAGUCUGUUUUAUUGUUGCUGAGUCAGCAGACUGUUCAAACACGAGCUUCCAGCAGCUGGUCACUGAAUCAUUUUUGUCUGCUGACAUUAAAAGAGUACGUCGGACUCACAACAAACAAUUAUAAAGAAGAUAUCAUCUUUUUUUUAUUACCUAUUGCUUAUUAUUAUUCCUCGUGUGCCUGCAUUACCCACAAUGCAAAUUGACCGCUGACAGUUCAGUCUGCAUUUCAGGUGUGUUAUGCAAGCACUGGCUAAUGUAGCUUCGAGAUGCUAGCCUCAAACAGACAUAGGGAGUGGGCUACAGGGGUCUCACUUACUUACUUACUCAACAACCACAGAUUUAUUUUCAUUUCUGAACGCGAAGGCAGUUUAUCAUAUUUCAUGCUGCUCCCUCUGGACACAUGAAAGCCUUUUAUACAACUGUUUCAUAUAUACAGUUGUACUCUUUGUCCUGUAAACAGAAUCUGAUGAUGAUAAUAUUAUAGAGAUGGUGUUCUACAAACUGCUGUAUUUUCAGUUUAUGCUGCCUUUUAUUUAUGAAGGAUCCUCCAGUUGGUAUAAUGAUGUAUUGGAGUAUCUAAGGGAUGCUUCUGGGACUUACUGUAAUGAUGUAGAAAUUAAAAUACUUAACUUUUACACUUU